GUUCCUGGAGCAGAGCAUCACUGUAUAGCUGCCUCCCCGGCUCAACUGGCUGGGCUAAGUGUGGAAGUCGUGGGUGAAGUCAACUUGGUUUGCGGUGAUGGCAGCAGCAGAGAGACCAAGGAUGCGGUGAUUUUGGGGUACGAGCACGGUGGCUGGGAGCAUCGCCACGUUGUGUCUAUAUUCAUGGUGGUAGAUUAUGACUUGUCAAGGCAGGAUGGAGAUGCGGUGUCCUCAGCUCCACUUUUAGUGCUGCUGCCACUCCUGGGACUUUUCCUCUCCCACUUUCAGUACGAGAGCAUAGUGUUGGAGGAGGAAGAGGCAGCAGCAGCAGGUCUCAGCUAUGUUGGAGCUUAUGUCAUUAACACCUACAAGAGCUACGACAACUUUUUGCAGGACAAGUAUGCUCUGUUGCCAGCCGUGAUCAUUAUUUGCGUUGCAGUGGUAAUGUUCAUCAUUGGGUUGAUCGGCUGCUGUGCUACCUUCCGGGAGUCUCGAGUUGGUCUAGGGCUGUUCUUGGCCAUUAUCCUGGUUAUCUUUAUUGCAGAAGUAUCCGCUUUUGUCCUGGGAUUUGUUUACAGGGAAAAGGUAAAAACGGACGUGCAAGGCACAAUGCACGCAGUCUUUGAGAAGUAUGAUGGGAAAAAUCCAGAGUCUACUGUUGUGGAUUACUUGCAAGAACAGCUUCGUUGUUGUGGGGUAAAGAACUACAGUGACUGGACAACCACACAGUGGUUUAAUUCCACCGGUAACAACAGCGUCCCUCUGAGCUGCUGCAGGCAAGAUAUGAAGAACUGCACGGGGCGUCUGGAUCAGCCACAGGAACUCAAUACACGGGGCUGCGCAGAGGAGCUGGAGUCUGGGCUGCAGAGCGUUAUCAGCUAUGCUAUGCUUGUAAUCCUGGGGUUUGCCAUUGUAAAGUUCUUCGGCAUGCUGAGCGUCUGCGUGCUUACUUGCAAGAGAGAAGACAGUGGAUAUCAGCCUCUUUACUCAGGGGUGUUUGCUUAA